ACAAGUGAGAAAUCAUAUGAAUGCCAGGAGUGUGGAAAAAGCUUCCAUUUUGCAACAAACCUUACUUCCCAUAAUAGGAUUCACACAAGUGAGAAAUCAUAUGAAUGCCAGGAGUGUGGAAAAAGCUUCCAUUUUGCAACAAACCUUACUUCCCAUAAUAGGAUUCACACAAGUGAGAAAUCAUAUGAAUGUCAGGAGUGUGGAAAGUGCUUCAAAGAUUCAAGUUAUCUUACUUCCCAUAAAAGGAUCCACACAGGGGAAAAACCAUAUGAAUGCAAGGAAUGUGGAAAAAGCUUCCAUUUUGCAAAAAGCCUUACUACCCAUAAAAGGAUUCACACAGGUGAGAAACCAUAUAAAUGCCAGGAGUGUGGCAAGUGCUUCAGCAGUUCAAGUUAUCUUACUUCCCAUAAAAGGAUCCACACAGGGGAAAAACCAUAUGAAUGCCAGGAGUGUGGCAAGUGCUUCAGCGGUUCAAGUUAUCUUACUUCCCAUAAAAGGAUCCACACAGGGGAAAAACCAUAUGAAUGCCAGGAGUGUGGCAAGUGCUUCAGCGGUUCAAGUUAUCUUACUUCCCAUAAAAGGAUCCACACAGGGGAAAAACCAUAUGAAUGCCAGGAGUGUGGCAAGUGCUUCAGCGGUUCAAGUUAUCUUACUUCCCAUAAAAGGAUCCACACAGGGGAAAAACCAUAUGAAUGCAAGGAAUGUGGAAAAAGCUUCCAUUUUGCAACAAGCCUUACUUCCCACAACAGAAUCCACACUGGGGAGAAACCAUAUAAAUGCCAGGAGUGUGGAAAGCACUUCACAGCUUCGAGUUCUCUUACUUCCCGUAAAAGGAUCCACACUGGGGAGGAACCCUAUAAAUGCCUGGAGUGUGGAAAGAGCUUCCAUAAGAACAGUCACCUUCCUUCCCAUAAAAGGAUCCACACUGGUGAGAAGCCAUUUGAAUGCAAGGAAUGUGGAAAGAGUUUCAGUGAAAAACAUAGUUAUACUGUACAUAACAGAAUCCACACUGGGGAGAAACCAUAUAAAUGCCAGGAGUGUGGAAAGAACUUCACAGCUUCGAGUUCUCUUACUUCCCGUAAAAGGAUCCACACUGGGGAGGAACCCUAUAAAUGCCUGGAGGGUGGAAGGAGCUUCCAUAAGAACAGUCACCUUCCUUCCAAUAAAAGGAUCCACACUGGGGAGGAACCCUAUAAAUGCCUGGAGG